UUGUCUGUGAGCGAUCGGAUCGGCGGUGUGGAUGAUCGGGCGACGACGACCACGAGGUUGCGUAUCGGCACGUGCGGCGAAACAACGCCGUCGACGUCGAGUCUCGAAGGGAAGACCCUGUGGAAUGGUUUAACCUCGCACGCCGCUAUGGAUACCGGCAAAAUCAACGGUUACACUCUGCCGAGUAACGGCCACGUCUACUCUGUCCAUGGUCCAACAAAAGUGGAAUUUCAAAAAGCACCACGGUCAAAAGAAUCCUUUGAAAAAGUUCCAUUCAUCACAGCGGCGCUUACGUACUUUGGUUUUUAUAUUCUCAUGUUCCUGGGAUUUAUUAAUCAACUAUUCUUUGUUCCGAAGAUUGCCACUGAAAAAAAUAGAGAAGGAUAUGCUCCGCUCUAUGAUAAUUUCGAGAAAUUUUAUCUCAAGUAUGUCUAUAGAAGAGUCAGAGAUUGUUGGAAUAGGCCGAUUUGUUCUGUUCCUGGUGCAAGAGUUACAUUAAAAGAUCGAGUAACUCAUGAUUAUGGAUGGACAUUUCAAUUUACUGGAACUGAAACACAAUGUAUAAAUUUGGGCUCUUACAAUUAUUUAGGGUUUGCUGAAGCGAGUGGUAAGUGCGCCGACGAGAGUAUUAAAACGCUCCGGAAGUUUGGUUGUGCCAGUUGCAGUACGCGGCUUGAAUUAGGUACUAUGCCGAUACAUGAUGAGCUCGAAAAAUUGACUGCAAAAUUUUUGGGAGUUGAAGACGCCAUAGUAUUUGGAAUGGGAUUUGCCACGAAUUCUUUAAAUAUACCUUCUUUGGUCAGUAAAGACUGCCUAGUUCUUAGCGAUGAGAAGAAUCAUGCAUCGCUUAUUCUCGGACUACGACUAUCUGGUGCAGUUAUACAGAUCUUCAAGCAUAAUAGUGUAAAACAUUUGGAAGAAUGUUUGAAGAAAGCUAUUGUUUUCGGGCAACCGAAGACUGGCAAACCUUGGAAGAAGAUAGUUAUCAUUGUCGAAGGUGUUUACUCUAUGGAGGGUUCAAUCGUCCACUUACCAGAGAUGUUACAGCUAAAAAAGAAAUACAAAGCCUACCUCUAUGUGGACGAAGCGCACAGCACAGGAGCUAUAGGGAAACACGGAAGAGGAGUUUGUGAUUAUUAUGGUAUUGACCCGCGCGAAGUAGAUAUACUCAUGGGAACAUUCACGAAAAGCUUUGGUUCGGCAGGCGGAUAUAUAGCCGGAACAAAAGCACUGAUAAAUCACAUAAGAAUAUAUGGUCACGCGCAUACAUACGCAGCAUCAUUGUCUCCUCCCGUUACGCAACAAAUCAUCACGUCGAUGCGAAUUAUAACCGGGGAGGACGGUACAGAUGCUGGUGAAAAACGUAUCAAACAGUUAGCUAGGAAUACGAGAUACUUUAGACGUAGAUUGAAUCAAAUCGGAGUUAUAAUUUACGGAAACGAGGAUUCGCCUGUUGUGCCUAUGCUAGUUUACUUAUUUUCUAAGAUCGGUACAGUGAUCCGUACUUUGACAUCCCGUAACAUUGCAACCGUUGGUGUUGGAUUCCCAGCGACGCCAUUAAUGGAAGGUAGAAUUAGAUUUUGCCUUUCCGCUGCACACACAAAGGAACAGUUAGAUUAUGUAUUGUCACAUAUUGAAGAAAUUGCGGACAUAUUAGGAUUAAGAUACUCAAGAAAACCUCGCACUACAACGAAAAUAGAAUAUUCGGACAGUGAAAUGGAAUGACCUAUCUCUUAUAAUAAUAAAUCGUUAAGGAAUUUAUUUCUGUGACAAGUAGAAAAAGUAUCAAAAUAGUUGAGGGCUUUAAA